AUGCUUCUGCUGUCAGUGCUCAGCACGGUUCUAUUCGCCGGCAUCGCGGCCUCUCAAACCUAUCCCCCUGACGAGGUCGAUCAGCUGGUCAAGGCGUCACUUCCAAAGCUUCAAGAGUGGCUGGCGAAGAAUCCCCAAGGUAACUGUACUCUAGAGAAUGCAGUACGACGAAAGGAAUGGGGCGACCUAUCUAAGCAGGAAAGAAAGGAGUACACGGACGCGGUACUAUGCUUGCAGUCCAAGCCUGCCCUGACGUCCGCCGCGGCGCCGGGGGCAAAGAGCAGAUUUGACGAUUACGUUGUGGUCCACAUCCAGCAAACACCGAGGAACCACGGAUCUACUUUCUUCCUCCCGUGGCACAGAUACUACAUCUGGCACUACGAGAACGCCCUGCGGACCGAAUGUGGCUACAAGGGAUACCAACCGUACUGGAACUGGGGACGCUACGCCAAGGACCCCGUCAACUCACCGCUCUUCAACGGAGACGAGUACAGCAUGUCGGGCAACGGGCUCAAGGUUCAACACCCGGGCAUCAUGAUCCCCGGCGCGCCACGGCCGUACGACGUGAUCCCGCCUGCCGACGGCGGCGGCUGCGUGACAACGGGACCAUUUAAAAACAUGACCGUCAACAUCGGCCCCAUCGCCCCGGCUCUUCGCGACGUGAAGCGCAACCCGCGCGCGGACGGGCUGGGCUACAACCCGCGGUGUCUGCGGCGCGACAUCAACAAGAACUCGGCCGCGGUCACGACGGCCAACUACACGUACGACCUCGUCACACGCAACGACAACGUGUACUGGUUCCAGACCGUCAUGGAGGGCCAGUUCCCGCAGGGCAAGUGGGGCGUCCACGCCGGCGGGCACUACACGGUGGGCGGCGACCCGGCGGGGGACUUCUACGUAAGCCCCGGCGACCCGGUCUUUUGGCUGCACCACGCCCAGAUCGACCGCGUGUGGUGGAUCUGGCAACUGCAGGAUCUGGCCAGGCGGCUGCUGGACGUGAGCAUGACCAAGACCAUGAACAACUUCCCCCCGAGCGCGAACGGGACGCUGGAUGAUGUGAGCAACCUGGGGGUGCUGGCGGGGGACGUGAAGGUGAGGGAUCUGAUGAGUACCAUGGGCGGGAUGGGAGGCAAGUUUUGUUACAUCUAUGAAUAG